AUUACAGGUGAGAAAUUUUCAAAAGCUCUUAUCUUUUCUUUCUGAAUUUAAAAACGCAUGCUUAAAUUUCCUAUCUUUUGUUGAUUUUAAGGCAGAUUGAUCAGCUGGGUAUUUGAUCAGUGAUAUUCUAUUUUGGUUUUUAGCUUUAAUUUUGGGGUCAGGUGGAUUAAUACCGAUUCAUUUCUUUUUGGGGUUGUUUUGUUUGUUUCUGUUAUGUCGUGUGGCGUUUUAUGGUGUAAUAAUCUAUUAUAGCCCCGUGUUUCUUUGAUUUUGGAUUGGAUUAAGGGAUUUGUAUAAUCUUUACAUGGUUUUACUGUUUUAGGAAAAGGGUUAUUAUCAGAAGAUUUUCAAUUUUCCUAUAUAGCUUUGUUUCCUACAGAGACGUUGUCAGUUUAUUGUGUUCUAUCUUCAAUUUGAGGCUAUUGUUUCUAUCACUUGGUCCUUGGAUUUUGGUUUCAGAUUUUAUGCUGUAGUAAAAUUUAAGUUUAAACAGUCAAGUAAUAAUGGGGUCAGAAGGGCCUCCGGCCGUAACAAUACAUGUGACAGGAUUUAAGAAAUUUCAUGGAGUUUCAGAGAAUCCAACUGAGACCAUUGUCAGUAAUCUUAGUGAGUACAUGAAGAAGAAGGGUUUACCAAAAGGUGUGAUACUGGGGAGUUGUAGCGUUCUUGAAACUGCAGGACAAGGAGCAAUUAUUCCCCUUUACCAGACGUUGCAAACUGCCAUAAACACUAAAGAUACUGAAUCUGCAAGUUCUGGGAGAAUUAUUUGGCUACAUUUUGGGGUUAAUAGUGGGGCAACAAGAUUUGCCAUCGAGCAUCAAGCUGUCAACGAAGCUACUUUUCGGUGUCCUGAUGAGAUGGGAUGGAAACCACAGAAAGUACCUAUUAUUCCGUCAGAUGGUGGAAUUUCACGAGUACGAGAGACAACUCUUCCCGUUGAGGAGAUUACUAAGGCUUUGGCAAAGAAAGGUUAUGAAGUUAUGGCCUCCGACGAUGCUGGCCGGUUUGUCUGCAAUUAUGUGUAUUACCACUCCCUUCGCUUUGCAGAGCAAAAUGGAAUCAAGUCCCUCUUCGUGCAUGUUCCUCUCUUCUUAACCAUUGAUGAAGAAACCCAAAUGCAAUUUGCAGCUUCCUUGUUGGAGGUACUUGCUUCUUUAUAUUAGUGAUCUAUCGGCAUCCAUUUACAUGUUUAUGUCUAGGAUCUUAUAAGCUUGUAUUGCGAUUGACCAUGCUUGUGAAAGUGGAUGGAUGCCUGUACUGAAUUGCUUAAUAACAGAUGAGUGUAUUUGAAUGAAAGAAAAAUGUGCUUGUGGUGGAUAUUGCAACUUCUGGAGUCUGGACUUCUCUUGCCAUUAUCAAAAGAUUUUGGCCACUCAUUAAAAGGUUUCUUGAAAUCUUGUGUUAAUAAUGAAUAAGAUAUCAGUUUCUUUAGAGCAUA